UCCCGCAGGGAUCGCAAUGGCACCGCGCUGGGCGCUGCGGCUGCUGGGCUGCGCGCUGCUGCUCCCUUCGCUGCGAGGGCAGCGUGCGGGCUGCGCUCCGGGCUGGGCGCCGACCCCGGGCGGCUGCGUGGCGUUUUUCCCCUGGGCGCUGAGCUGGAGCCGCGCGGAGUCGUUCUGCCGCCGUUUCGGCUCCGGCUCCCACCUGGCGUCGGUGCGCAGCGCGGCGGAGCUGCGGCUCCUGGCGGAGCUCCUGAACGCAUCGCGCGGCAGCGAAGCCAGCGGGGAGGACGAGGACGAGGAGGACGUUUGGAUCGGCAUGUUGUGCCCUGCCAGGGGCCGCCCCUGGCACUGGUCGGACGGCACCGCCGUGGCGUUCAGCUCCUGGCACGGAACCGCCGCGCCGCGGAGGAGAGCCUGCGCUGCUCUGCGCCACGCUGCCGGUGAGCGGGGCGGGGGGGCAUGGCACUGA